UGGUUUUCAAAUAACUCAUAAAUAUUAAUCAACCAAUAGAAGGUCAAAACUGCAUGUUGCAAUUUGUAAACGGAAACAGGACAUUUUUGCACAAAAUCUGCAUCAUGAUUGGAAAAUAUACUCUAUUACCUACCACAUUGUGUUGAAAGUGAAAUCUUGGAAGGAUGUCUGAAGGCCGACUUUCUUCAGUUGUUAGCUAGACAUCAUCGGAUGUUGUUUACAUUCAUGUGGAGAAAGUUUGGGUUCAUCUCUUGAAAGCAGUGUAGCAGGUUUGACCUAUCUAAUCAAGUUCCUCAAUCAACUUCAUCUUAGUGAAAAAUCAAGAAUCAUGGAGAUUGAAAGGGAGAAAAACGUUCUCUUCGUUUCAAAAAAUUUACUAGCUGGCGGAAUUGCUGGUAUGGUAUCUAAAUCCACAGUGGCCCCUUUAGAUAGAGUGAAAAUUUUGAUGCAAGCACAUAAUAAACAUCACGCCUCUCAUGGAGUUGUAAACGGAAUAAAACAUAUAAUCAAAUCUGAAUCGCUUUUAGCUCUUUAUAAGGGCAAUGGAGCCCAAAUGGUUAGAAUUUUUCCUUAUGCUGCAACUCAGUUCACUUCUUUCGAAAUUUACAAAACACAUUUAAGUGGAGUUUUUGGACCCAAAUCGCAUAUAGACAAAUUUUUAGCUGGAGCUGCUGCAGGAUUAACAUCUGUAACGUUAACCUAUCCAUUGGAUACUAUCAGAGCACGAUUGGCAUUUCAAAUCAAAGGUGAACACAUAUACAAUGGCAUAACACAUGCAGCUGUUACAAUAUUCAAAGAAGAAGGAGGUACAAGGGCAUUGUACCGUGGCUUCAUCCCAACAUUGAUGGGCAUGGUGCCAUACGCUGGUCUGUCUUUCUACUGCUUCGAAUACUUCAAAUAUGGUUGUAUGAAAUAUUUGCCUUGGCUAACUUGCAAUCCCUGUCAAAAAAACACAGGAGGUUUGGUACUUUCAGUGCCCGCUAAAUUGAUUUGUGGAGGUUUAGCAGGGGCUGUAGCACAGAGUGUGAGUUAUCCAUUAGAUGUCACUAGGAGAAGGAUGCAAUUGGCAAUGCUGAAUCCACAGACAGAGAAAUUCGGGCAAAGCAUGUUUUUGACACUAAAGUUGAUCUAUCGAAAUAAUGGAAUUGUAAACGGACUGUAUCGCGGUAUGUCCAUCAACUACGUGAGGGCAAUUCCAAUGGUCGCUGUAUCUUUUUCCACUUAUGAACUUUGUAAACAGUUACUCAAUUUGGAUACAGGUCUAAAGAUUUAAACAAAAAUCGGUAUGUACAUAAUAACGAGAUUCCAGGCUGAUUGGACAUUUGUAUAGUUUUAAAAUGGGUCAUAGGGGAGGGAAUAAAAAUUUCAAUGAAAAUUGUAAAUAGAAUUAUAAAAUUUCAUACGCCUUUUUAAAGAGUGACGAAAAUUAUAUGGUCCCAGUGCAAUAAUUUGGAGAAGGUAACAUGUUAGUUAUGUAUAAUUCUUAACUUAUUGCUAUUUUAUUGUUUAUAAAUAAGAAAAACUGUGGUGAUCAUAACAUUCCGAAUAAUGGGCGAAACUGUGUAUAAAACAUAUUAAAUCAUUAAUUAAAAUAAGUCAAUUACGCUUUUGCCAUUGACCAAAAUAAAUGUCCAACGCUGAACAUUCCAAAAGAAAAUAUUUAAUGCAACAUCGAAUGGCUUCCAAAAUUUCCAGUGAAACACCUCCAAUAUUUGAAAUAGUCAUCGAUAAUUCAGAAAAAAAAUAUUUGUAAUGCAAUGUAAAGAAAGUUACAAACCUUCAGCACCACGAAUAUUAUUUGAUUAGUUUGAUUUUAAUGCAGCGGAUGUUUUAGGAUGAAUCGGUGCUAAAUUGACAAUGUUACGACAAAAUAAAAGUUGAAGUUUCAAAUAAAUAGAUUAUAGAAAUCCAAAUAUUCUGUUGAUUUAUUUAUUUCUUAUCUGUUAUUUAUUUGUAUUUUAUCCAUGUUGUUGAGUUUGAAUAAAUAUGAUUUCAGAA